AUGAACAAUCCGGCACCUAUUAUGGGCUACUCCGGGCUGGCAGGACAGCCGGGAGCGGUUCAGCCACAUUUGCCGUCUGUUUUGGGUACUCCUGGAACGCUCCAACAACAAUUGCAUUUGCAACAACCUCAUCCUCAAAUGGGCUCUACACAGCAGGCGGUGCCUCCUGGACUGCUUGGCGCACAAGCGGGGGGCUUGCCCGUUUCGGGCGCGGUAUCAGGCGUUUCGGGCGUGGUCUCGAACGCGGGAAACCCGCUUUAUCACCCACACCAGGGCGACCCAACAAUGCUCAACAAUCCGAUCUGGAAGCUGCAACUGCAGCUUGCCGCAGUGUCGAGACAGUCUAUGGGCCAGGCCAACGUUUACGCGCGUCAAAGCGCCAUGCGCAAGUAUCUGCUGACCAAAACUCACGGUAACGCCGCAGCAGCAGGCGCGACGGGUGUGGCAGGAACGGCGGGCACAGCGGGUGCUACGGGCCCAAUUGGCGGCUCUGCAUCGCCCGCACCCAAUACUGGAACCCUCAGUGAGAUGUCUGCGUCGCUAGUCGACAACACCAAGCAGUUGCUCUUGGAUCUGGCCACGGAGCCAGCAGCAGCGGCGAAAAACGCGGGAGGAUCCUCGAGCGCGGUAUCCACGCCCAUCACGCCUAGCGCUGAACUUAACGGCGGAGCUAACCCUUCUACGCCUUCGCUACUACUGCAACAGAAGAAAUUAUCGCAAUACAACAUCGACGAAGAUGAUGAGAUAGAACACCGCAUGACGGCACUCUCCAACACAAAACAUGACGACCAAUUGUGGCAUGCGCUUGACCUAUCAAACCUACAGGUCUUCAACUUGAGCAGCACGCUGUUCAACUACGAGUUUUUGACAAGACUGUUCCUAAACGGUAACAAUCUCACGUCGAUACCAAAGGAUGUGAAAAAGCUAAAAAAUCUUCGGGUCCUGGAUCUCUCCCACAACCGAUUGACCGAGCUUCCUGCGGAACUAGGACUGUGCCACGAGCUGAAGUACCUGUAUUUCUUUGACAACAUGGUUUCGUCGCUUCCUUGGGAGUUCGGCAAUCUGUACAACCUCCAAUUUCUGGGUUUGGAAGGAAAUCCUAUGGACCGACAAAUGAUCAAGAUUUUAACGGAAAAAUCAGUCACGGGCUUGGUGUUUUACCUCAGAGACAAUGCUCCGGAGAUCCCGCUACCUGUGGAAAGAAAAUUCAUUGACAUCAACAUGGAUGGCGAACCUGUGGAAGAGCACAGCUCGCUGCAGGAGUCUGAGACGCAUUUGAAUCGUGAAACGAUCAAGAAAUCGUUCACCCUGCUGUCGUACAAUACGUUGUGCCAGCACUAUGCAACUCCCAAGAUGUACCGCUUCACGCCCUCAUGGGCCCUCAGCUGGGAUUAUCGACGUGAGAAGCUAAAAGAGCAGGUCUUGGGUUACAACACUGACAUAAUCUGCAUGCAGGAGGUAGAGUCCAAGACGUAUGACGAUUUUUGGGUUCCACUGCUGCGGGAACUUGGUUACACGGGUAUUUUCCAUUCCAAGACGCGGGCACGCACAAUGCACGCCAAGGACUCCAAGAAAGUCGACGGCUGCUGCUUGUUCUACAAGAACUCGGAGUUUAAGCUGGUAUUCAAGGAAUCGAUCGACUUCAGUAGCAUAUGGAUGAAACAUAAAAAGUUUCAACGCACCGAGGACUAUCUGAACCGUGCCAUGAACAAGGACAAUGUUGCGUUGGUAGCCCGUUUGCAACACGUCAAGAGUGGUGAGCACGUGUGGACCGCGACGACGCAUUUACAUUGGGAUCCUCAGUUCAACGACGUGAAGACCUUCCAAGUAGGUGUUCUGCUCGACUACAUGGAGAAGACUAUCAAAGAGCACCACGGUUGCAGUAAUGCACAGGAGGUCAAGAAGGUACCCGUCGUGGUUUGCGGUGACUUCAAUUCUUCCCUCGACUCCGCCGUAUACGAGCUGCUCAGUACAGGUGCCGUGCGUGAGCACCGCGAUAUCCAUGGCCGCGAUUUCGGCUACAUGUCUCAUAAGAAUUUUGCCCAUAACUUGCCUCUGAAAUCCAGUUACGACGUUAUCGGCGAGCUUCCCUUCACGAACGUCACACCGCUUUUCACCAAUGUCAUCGACUACAUAUGGUACUCUCCACAGGGGCUACGCGUACGUGGUGUGUUGGGUGAGAUAGAUCCGGACUACGUUGCCAAAUUCAUUGGAUUUCCUAACGACAAGUUUCCAAGCGAUCACAUCCCGCUGCUGACCCGCUUCGAGUUCACCAAAGGUGUGGGUGGUAGUAGGAAGGCUUAA